AUGGCCGACAGGUGGCAGUAAUGCCCUAGAACGUUAGUUAGUUCGAAGAAGAACUAAGCAGGAAACCGCGAAAAAGCAAAGUAACUGAAUAAUGGCAACUAAAAAGACGCAAUCUGUCCGGAAAGUGCUGAAAACUUCCUCACAAGACUCCUCUAAUUUGACAUCUGUAAGUGAUGACAGCUGUGGAAACAACAGUGGAGCAAAAAGAAAAGCCAAACCUUCAGGGACAAUUGUGAAGUCUCGUUAUAUGCAGACUGAAAAGAAGACUGUUGUAAAGAAAACACCAAAUGAGUCUGUCCUUGUGCCACCCAGACCUGCUUCACCUAAAGUUGGUAGUGGCCACAAACACAGAUUUGGCACACCGCCGAGACGGACAUUACAUGCUCCGCCUGAUCAGAAUUCCGUGUGUAAGUUUGUGAAAACAAAUGUAAUACCCGGCCUUUUAGAGUCAUCAAGUCUUGGUGGAAAUGUCUUACAGUCAACUGUCCUGGAUGGUCACUGCAUGCGUCCAGACUUUGAUCUCUCCGUCAUUAAAGAAAAUACAUCACCAGCAUCACAACCAAGUGCAGUGGACCCCAGUGCUAAAAAAAGGAACCUGGAGUUAGAAACAUUCCUGCUGGCCUUCCUCACUGCUAAGAUCGAAAACAACACACACAAACUUAAGGAAGAAGCAGAAAGAAACCUCUUCACUCUGAUGGAAGAAGAGGAAAAGCUGCGCUCAAAAAUCAUGAACAAGAAGCAGCAGUGUCUUCUUCUCAAAAAGCAGCAGCAGCUCAAUGAUUUACUCGACAUGCAGAUUGUCGCGCUAACACCUGUCGCUGAAACCGCUCAGCAAUUCACAGAGGAGUACAAGACGUUUGCGUCGGCCAUAGACACAACGCGGCACGAGCUACCUAUAAAGAACUUACAUGUUGAAGAGAAUAGAGAGGAGUUUCUGGAUAAAGCGCUUGUCUGUCUAAAUCAGAGUCAAUGUAUCUUGGAGAAGUACAUGAAAGACGUUUCCACCGAAGGAGAAAGCACUGCAGCAUGUCUUAAAGAGAUAAAAAGUGCAGCACAUGAGAUUAACCAGCAUCUGCUGAGUACAUCUUCUGAUCUGUUAGAACUGUCCUCACUAGUGAGUCAGGAAAAGGUGCUGGUCCAGCAGAGUUUGGAGGAAGAUAAGAUUGGAUUUAAUACAGUACAAAGUCUCUUUUCAGAUUAAAGUUGGUCUAAUUUUUUUUUUUGUAAAUGUGUAGAGUAAUUAUUAAAGCAUUUAAAUCAGUA